AUGAGUUCCCCCACUCCAUCUCAAGAAGCUGUGAUCAAGUAUCCUUAUAUUCCCAAUUCUACCUUGAAGGUAAUUGCGGGCCCUGGAUCUGGCAAAACUUAUACAUUGCUGUCAAAAGUUUGUGAAUUGAUAUGCACAGGUGCCGUCAGGCCAGAAGAAAUUCUGAUAGUGUCGCUCACGAAUAAAGCUGUUGACAACAUAAUCUUCAAUUUGUUGGACAUGUUCGACUCCUCAGCGAACGAAAUCUCAACUGAAUCUAUCGAGGAAAUUGUAAGCCAAAUUGGCAUAUACACAAUUCAUGGCCUGGCAAACAGGGUCGUCAUCGAAAAUGAGGGUUUAGUAAGUGUAAUAGAAGAAACUGGUUGGAGAGGUCUACUUAAACUACUUCCAUCGGAUUUUCGUAGGAGGCAUACCUCAAGUAGAAGCGCGACGACAAUUACACCGAAAGAAUUUGAAAGAAUGUUUAAAGAGUAUCUUGUCAAAAAGCGACCGACGGAUAAAGAUGAUACCCUAGAAAGAAUAUUGGAUAUCAUGAAGCAGUCAAAAGUUGUCACGAACGAGGAUCUCAUCUUAAAAGCAUCCAAAUAUUUGGAGUCAUUCAGCACAUCACAAUAUAUGGAGGAGAAGCAGUUUACUGAUAUGUUGCUAAACAGAUACAAAAUAAUAAUGAUAGAUGAAUUCCAAGACUUAUUUCCUUCUCUAUUACCACUUCUGAAAACCAUAAUUGGCGGCAAACAGUUGAUUAUGUUUGGCGACCCACAACAGAGCGUUUAUGAGUUUCUUGGGGAUAACAAAGAAGUUCUUAGGGCUCUUGAUGACCUGCGACCACCAAAAGAUAUAAUUACCAUGCAAUUGCGUGACAACUUUAGAUGUACCCCAGAAAUAACGAAAGCUACCAAUUUAGUUAUCGGCAACAACACUAGCCAUCCCGCGGAUUCUGAUGCAGACUCUGUUAUUAAACCAUCGUGUAUGGUAUACCCGUGCUUUGUUGAAAUAGCGGAUCCCAUUUUGGAAUUGGAAUAUCUUAUCGAUCAAAUCUGUCAACUUGUUUGCAGCUCCGCACGUUUAUCAGAUAUUGCGGUUCUGACUAGAACUAACGCACAACUUGCAACAGUUACCAAGCAUUUGCAAUCAUAUGGAAUACCUACCACAAAGCUUACAACACAACCAGAUUGGAUGAAUGAUAAGAAUAUUAAAAUCUUGAUUGAUUUGUUGAAGGUUUAUACCUUCGUUUUUCGUGAAAGCAGCCAAUUUCAUGGCCCAGUAAUAAAUGAAAGAAACCAAAGUGAUUUCAGUGUGAUUUUAACUCUUGGCGCAGUGCAUGGAAUUGGCAACCAGUCGAUUCAGUCCCUGUUUAUCGCCGCGAACAAGAGAAAAGUUUCCUUGUGGGACUACAUCACUCAGAUUGAUGAAACUAAAUGGCCACCAGGGAUUGUUAAUAAAGCGAAGAUAAAAAAUUAUACAAAAACAUUAAGCCCUUUGAUUGCGAAGGGCACGCUUCACCAGAUCUCCAGACCGGUCGAUGUAUUGGCAGCAAUUACAAUGAUUGCAGCAAGACUUGGUAUUCAUCUUAAUGAUGUGAAGACAUCUAAUCAGUUGAAAGAAUACAAAAUUCACCUAAUUGAGAUGUUGAAAACGUUGAAGCUUUGUACUAUCAACAAGCCUGAUGAUGUUUCGUUGGUAGAGUGGUUUCUGGAAACCUAUUUCGAUCAAAGUAUGAUUUUGCAUCAUAAUCAACCAGGCGGGGCAGCUAAUGACCAUUUUUUAGGAUCCGUUAAUAUUUCAACUAUUCAUUCUUCGAAAGGCUUAGAAUUUCCAAUCGUCUUCCUGAUGGGGGGAUACAAUAGUUUUCCUAUAGAAACUAAUGUUUUGUAUGUUGGUAUGACAAGAGCACGAAAUUUACUAUAUUUGAGCAACGUUAAUAAUGGGAAACUGAAUUCGAUGAUGUCAAAGAAGCCAUUCUCUCUUUUGAAAAAUGAGGAAUUCUGGAAAUACUAUAAUACAGAUUUAAAAAGACCUUUCGUCCCGGAUCUCAAAACAACUAUGCUAAACUAUAAUAAACUCCAACGAAAGUAUGGAAUCUUCACAUCCAGCAGAACUUAUAGUACUAGAGCAAGACUCAUGUUAAAAAUGAGCAAAUACAUAGCCAAAUAA